AUGGAAUUUGUAGAUGAGAGGCUAACAAUCCCUGAUUGUGAUACGCCCUCUCUCUCCACAGCAUGCCCGACUGAGGCUUCAGUUAAUCAAGGUCGAAUAUCUCCUGCCAUGGUGGACUUGAUCUGGGCCCAUAUCCGUUGGAUGGAUGGAGGUGAACCGGAUCUGCUGUCUGGUCCAGAUGACGGUGGCGAAGAUCCCUCAGCACAAAUGAAGCCCCGUGCAGAAACCACAGUUGCGCGAGAGUCUGCAGAAUAA